CUUUUGUCAUUAAUUAUCAUCGGUACGUGCGAGGCUGGUCGUGUGGUGAAACCGAGCCAGUCGCUCGUUCGACCUUGCCGGAGUGAAAUACGCUGGAAACGCACCCUCCUCUCGCUCUUGAUCGCUCGCUUGGAAAACUUCGCCUGUUCCACGUACCUCGAUCGUUGUUCGAAAUUUCUCAACGACGUCAAAUUUCUUUCCCUCUUUUUUUUUGCAACAGUUUCAAGUGCAACGUAGUUCGUGUCUUUCCUUUUCUUUUUUUUUCUUUUUUUUUUUUUUUUUUUUUUUUUUUUUUUUUUUUUUUUUUUUUUUUUUUUCUUUAUGUUUAGUGACUGAUUCACGUGCUUUCAGACAGACACACUGUUGUUUCUGGAGAGAGAAAUCGCCAAGGCAGAAAUCGCCACGGGGGCAAAGUUACGCGUGAGAGUGCCCUGAAUCCCCGAUCAUGAACGAGCGAGCAACAACAACCGGUGGAACGCGCGACGAGCUGGAGAGGAAAAGAAGAAGAGGACAAGAAGCCGGUUGGAGGCCGAACGAUCCGUGAAACUCGACUCGCACGGCUGCGAGAGAAAAAGAGACAAGGCAACUCGGAUUCGUUUGUUUCCACGCGAGGAACAAAUGUCGCCGACAGUUGCCUCGAUCCUGACGCUGUCGCUUCUGCUGGCGCUGCCGUUUCCCGCGGCGGAAGCCGGCGAGAUCACGGAUCUCUUCGCGCUCGUGCGAAACACGCUCAAGUAUUGGCGCAGAGUCUACCAGAUGUACGAGGAGGAAGUGACUCUCGGUUAUUGCUGGGCCGAGUAUCUUCUUCGUCGCGAACACUACGCAAGAAACGCCAGCCAGUUCGUCGAUCCGGCCAAUCUCGAGUUCGACAGUUUCGAGAAGGAGCACGCGUGGAUGUUCGCGGUGCAGGGCCACGGAGCACGCGCCAAACGAUCGCAAACUUGCAAACUCGGAACGAGGUGCGACGUAGGAGAAAAAUACGACAGGAAGUCUGUGAAAGAGCGGACUCGUCCACAGUUGAAACUAAACUCGCGAGCCAACGAAACGAGAACGAUGUUAAAGGGACUUUCGACGAGUAUGAUCGAUUCAAAUCCGAACGAAUGGAGGACCAACGAAGGCGGAACGAGGCGGGAAUUAAACGGGCAAGUUGGCGAAAGAUUUCUUCGGAAUCUGGCGCGUCGCGGCGGACGUUCCAACGGAAUACCGAGACCCACGGACAUCCGGGAAAUUUCGAAGAUCGCCCCGGAUGCCUUGGCAAGUUCGACCAGUGCCUCGGGAUCUAAUAAGACCAAGUUUAAAUUGAACGAGUUACGCUCGAGGAGGGCAGACGCGUUUCCCAAAGACACGCGCCUCGCGAGCAAACGUCUCGUCGUUUCAACGCCGGGCCUCGUCUCGUCCGACGUGGCGAAACUUGAGAAUAGUUGGCUGGGAACUCUUGGCGAGGUGAAAGUUUCAUCGAGCGGGCAAAGAAUCGGCGGAUCGUCGCGAUCGAUGAGCUGUCGUCAGGCGAUCGUCGCCGAUGUCGAGAGGACGAUUUCGUCGAGCGAACGAUUUGUAAACACGCGUGGUAAACUUUUGUCACGCGUCGGACGAACGACGUCUCGAAAUUCGAGGUCGAUAAAGCACGAACCACCAGUCGUCGAGGGAGUCUCGAAAUUUCGCGCGUCGUCGAAUCACGUCGUGCUCCCGGAAAGUCUUCCGCUUUCAACCACGGUGAACAGAGGAAGGAACAGUAGCAAACAGUCGUCGAUUUUCGUCGAUGGUCAGCGAUUCGUGGUGGAUUAUGGCAGUCGAACGACGACGAUCGAGGCACGUGAACUGGCCACCGCUCACCUGAUGCUUUUCCAUUUUCAACGAGUGUUGGCCGGCUUUCUCGCGACCUUGGGGUUCUUUAUGAACGUGGGCAGACAGCUGAUGGACUACGUGGACUCGAACAGCGCGCUCGCUUGCACCAAGGACUACGUACUGGGCAAGGCUGUGCAUUGGAUAGAUUCGUGAAUCGAGAGGUUUUAGACGUUCGAUUCUUAGGACUGAGCUGAUCUUUCAGUUUUUCAUAAGAUCGCCUGGUGGAUUAUGUGUUAAACGAACUAUUCGUCUCGUAAUACAUAAUAGGGUGGCCACUGAAUUACUGAAAAGUUCGAAAAAGUCACAACUUGUUCAUUUUCUUUUUUAUUAUCUUUUUCCGUGGGUUGUACAUCCUUUGGAGAUUAAAAAUACUAAAAAAAAUCCAUAAAUAAUAAAAUAAUAAAAUAA